UGUGGAUGCACGAGAAAAAAAUAAGGUGAACGCGAGGUGAAGUGGGAGGUAGACUUUCUCCAUUCGAAAACUCUCAGCUCCUCCGAUCUCUCAACUGUUGUCACAUGGCUUAAAUAGUGUUCAGAUAAUGAGAGAAUAAUAAAUUCAAUGAAUCUAGUCAAGUGUUUGUUAACAAUCGGGACGUUAAUCGUCCUGGUUAAUUGUGAAAACCCGAGGCCGUGGUAUGAGACACUGCCAGCUGUUGCUAUGGAUUAUAAAGUUCACAUUGAUGCCGGCAAGGAGGACUGUUACUUCCAAUACGUCAACCCUGGAGCAACAUUUUUCGUCAGUUUUCAGGUCUUGAGAGGUGGUGAUGGCAAGGCUGGAUUUGCCGUGCGGAAUCCAGCUGGUGAAAUAGUUCACCCAUAUCAGUGGCGAGCUAAUGCCGAUUAUCAAGAUCCAACGGGCGUUGGGGGAUACUACAGUGUCUGCAUUGACAAUCAGUUUUCAAAAUUUGCUGCCAAACUCGUCAACUUGUACAUUACAGUUAUCAGGUACGACCAGUGGGAUAAAUUUACGAAGGAGUUGGAAGAAUUGAACCUCUCAGUGGAAAACUUCACGACAACCAUUGUAAAUGUUGAAAAGAACAUAAACGAAAUGCUGCAGUCACAGCACGCAAGCAGAAGUAGAGAAGCCAGAGACCUGAAUCUACUGCUAGACAAUAAUACUUACGUACAGAGAUGGUCAAUUUUACAAAUGAUCGUCAUAAUAGCAACAACAAUGCUCCAGGUCUACUUUGUGAGGAAAUUGUUUGAUGUGAAGCCGUCGGGGUACUCAAAAAUGCGAAUUUAAUUCUCGAUACCAAUUGCGAGAUUUCAUUUUCAUACAUAAUUUUAAUUCAUAUGAUUUAACUACAUUCGGGGCAAGAGGUUUACGACUGGCUCGCAGAGAGCGUUUUUAAGGCUAUUUUUAAGCUCUCCCUGAAUACUGUAUAAUUCUCGUUUUCCAGAUCAUUUCGUUUUAUUUCAUUGAGCAUAAUGGAAUCGAAAAAAAUAUUUUCAUAAACAUGGAUUUAUUAAACAGAUACAAACAUUCCUAUUUUAUAGCAACACAUGUAUAUACAAUUUUUUGAAUUCUUCGGAGAAUCAAUAUACGAAUUUAUAUUCAAUA